UUCCAGGCUUUGAAAAAAGAUGACCCAAGUAAUUUCAUUUGCUCACCGCUUGGUAUCAAUUUUAUACUCUCUAUGCUUUAUUUUGGAGCUAGAGGCACUACCAAAAAACUACUUGAAACAUCAUUGAAAUUGCAUAAAGAUGAAAAUGAUAUUUUACGAGGAUAUCAACAACUUAUCGACUCAUUGAGUAAUGUCAAAAAAACUGAGAUGCAGCUAGCUAGCAAACUUUUUACGCUGAACGAACCGCGGCCUGAAUUCAAAGAAAUAAUAGAGUCUUCUCUUGGAUCAGAAGCUCAAUGCAUUGACCUUACUAACACCGCAGAAGCUUCUGAUAUAAUAAAUAAUUGGUGCGCAAGUCGAACUAAUAAUAAAAUAACUCAAAUAAUCGAGCCUGAUGAUCUUGAGGAUGCACAAAUGGUAUUAGUCAGCGCAAUUCAUUUCAAAAGUUCAUGGAAACGCCCAUUCAAUCCAAAAAAUACAAAAAAUAGAAUUUUCUACACUAGUGAGGAAACACAUGUGAAUGUUCCGACGAUGUUUGCUUGUAAAAAAUUCCAUUGGGGACCAAUUCCCAACCUCAAUGCGACUUUUAUCAAGCUUCCUUUCAAGAACACAAUUAAAAAUGACGCCCUAAGCAUGUACAUCAUUCGUCCCGAUGAUAUAAAUGGCCUACGAAAUGGUGGAAGUAUUUUCGAUAACAUUGAUUUUAAUCUCUUACGUGGUGAAUUUGGAAAAGUUCUUCUGAAUUUGCCAAAAUUCAAAAUUGAGAGUAUGUUAAACUUGGAACUUGUAUUAACAAAGAUGGGGAUGUCUGAAAUAUUUGGAGAAGGAGCUAAUUUCACGGGUAUCAAUAAUCAAAGUAAUCUUCAUGUUAGUAAUAUAAUUCAAAAAGUUUUCAUUAAUGUAGAUGAACUUGGAAGUGAGGCUGCUGCAGUAACAGUUGCAAGGUUGUCAGCGAGAUUUUAUGUUGAAUACGUGAAACCGAAGCCUUUCAUUGUUGAUAGACCUUUUGUUUAUUUAAUUGUUCACACCAUUACCAAUACUGUACUAUUCCAAGGACAAGUAUAUAAUCCCAUAGAAACAUAAAAGUAUAUACGUAGGAUAGUUCAUGCUUAUUUUUUUAAUCUUAAGAUGACAUAAUAAAA